AUGCCAUUUUCUGAAUUUGGAAUGGUUCCAGAUAUUCUUUUUAAUCCUCACGGGUUUCCUUCUCGAAUGACAAUUGGAAUGAUGAUUGAGAGUAUGGCUGGAAAAGCGGCAGCAACACAUGGAGAUACUUUUGAUGCUUCUCCUUUUGUUUUUAAUGAACAAAAUACGGCUAUAGAACAUUUUGGGAAAAUGUUAUCAAGAGCUGGUUAUAAUCAUUAUGGAGAGGAAACUAUGUAUUCAGGCGUGGAUGGACGUGAAAUGAAAGUUCAAAUUUUCUUUGGUAUUGUUUAUUAUCAACGUUUACGUCAUAUGAUUUCUGAUAAGUUCCAAUUUACUCUUCAACCUGUAAAAGGUCGUAAACGUGGUGGGGGUGUUAGAUUUGGGGAAAUGGAAAGAGAUUCAUUAAUAGCCCACGGAACAGCUUUUUGUCUACAAGAUCGUCUUUUAAAUUGUUCGGACAAAGAAGAAGCUCAUGUCUGUGGAAGAUGUGGUUCAAUAGUUUCUGUUAGUCAACUUAAACCACACAUGGCUAUGCUUAAAUAUGGCGCUAUCGAAGAUGAUUUUCAAAAAUUUACUCAAAUUCAUUGCUCACUUUGUAAAAAAGAUGAUCAAGUUUUUCAAGUUCAAAUACCGCGUGUUUUUCGCUACCUUUGUGCCGAACUUAGUGCUGUUAAUGUAAAGAUACAAUUAUCUAUUGCACAUCCCCGUGAUAUUAAACAUUAA